ACUUAUCUGGGUCAGCUACGCACCAUGGGAAACAUGUGUGUGUAUAUUUUCUUUACGCUACUGUGUACCAUAGGACUCUUCAGCCACGGUCACAUCCAAACGGAGGAAUACAAAGGAAAAUAUCUAACUUAUUUCACUACGACGGAGGACGGCAAUGAAAAGCAACUGAUCAAUAAUUUACAUGAGGUUUUGGAAAGACUUCAGAACUAUCAAUUUCCAACUUUAAGAAAAAGGCACGGCUACCUGCCUCUGUGUCACCCAGGAGACCAGUGUGCACUAAGAAAAGGCUCCAGGAUCGGACUGCUCUGCGACUGCACUGCGCCGAGAACGUGCAACUCUUUUCUACACCGCUGUUUAUGAUUCUGUCUCUUUUUGAGUGUUUAAAAAAAAAACAAAAAAAAUGUAUCUUAUCUCUUGGAAUAAUUCUUGUUUUUUCAUGUUUACUGACCAAAUGAAUUGAGUGCCUAACUAUUAAAUGUGUUGUUGUACGUGCCUUUGU